GACUGGGAACUGGAGGCAAGCAUUGAGCAUUUUGAGAGAGGUGCACACCCAAAGGCUGGGUGAUGUCGUCUCUUAUAAUGCCAGCAUCAGCGUUUGUGAAGCUGCAGCAGAAUGGCAACGGGCAUUGACGAUGGUAUUUGAUCUCGAGAUGAAGCUGCUGUCUCCAAAUGUGAUUACCUAUGGGGCGCUUCUGAGCGCUUGUCAACAAGCCAGCCGCUGGGAGGAAUCUCUUUUCUUGUUGAGCGAAAUUGAGGUCCAUGCUGUGAAAGCCAAUGUGAUUACUUACAAUGCAACCAUUAGUGCUUGUGGCCAAGCGGCAAAAUAUGAACAUGCAUUGGCCUUGCUGAACGAGACUGCCACGCGCUCCAUAGAAACCACAAUUAUCACCUACAAUGCAGUGUUGAGUGCUCUGGAAAAAGCUGAGGAAUGGCAGAUGGCAAUCUUUGUGUUGAGUUGUAUCGAAAGCUGGCGUUUGGCCAUCGGCUUGUUUGGUGAACUCCACGAUUACCGUUUGGAAGCCAACCUCAUUCUGUACAAUGCAGUUUUGAGCGCCUGUGAAAAAGCAGAGAAAUGGCAGCGGGUCCUACUUCUCUUCAGUGAAGCGACGGAGAAAUUGGGGGCGAAUGUCGUGACGUACACAGCAGCCAUAAGCGCAUGUGAGAGAAGCAAGCAUUGGCAACAUGCACUUGACCUCUUUUAUCAGAUGAAGACCUUCACUUUGAGACCGAAUGCCGUGACCUGUGCCGCUGCGCUUGGUGCUGUCUCACUGAUGAGAAGAGUGGGCCAUUCAAUGUACAGUAAGCUCUACAAUUUUCUUGUCAAAGAUUUGCCAUCACUUUGCUACAAGAUCAACGUCCCACCAACAGUCCCACUGCGUAAAGAAGACGGAGGCUGCGCCCACCAAAAAAACGCCCAGCACAACAGAGCCGCUGCGAAGAUGCAAUCAGGCGAUCACUGCAUGCAGAAGAAGCCAGGAUUGGCAAAAGGCCCUGUGUCUGUUGUCAUCAACGACCAGGCCAAUUUGAUUCUUUACAGCACCAACAUCAAUGCAUGUGGGAAGGCUGCACUUUGGCAGCGCGCAACAUGUUUCCUGGGAGAACUGGACCAGAAGUCUUUGGAACCCAAUGUGGUCACCACUAGCGCAGCCAUCAGUGCCUUUGAAAAGGCUGCCCUUGAGCUGGAAGAUGCGUCAAAGGCCUGGCAGUGGGCUUUGCAGCUCUCUAGCGAGACGGAAGUGGACUUAGUUAGUUGUAACGCGGCGAUGAGUGCGGCAACGAAGACCCGACGAUGGCGAGUGGCAGUUGCCAUUCUGCAGGACCUCCAAAAGAGCCACUUGGAGCCAUCCGAAGUGACCUGCAGCGCAUCACUUGGUGCUUGCACAUGGCCAGAGGCUGUGAAUUUACUGACACAUUUUGCAAUCAACCACUUGAAGAUCAAUGCGAUUGGCUACAGCACAGCCCUGAGCUCUUGCGAGGAUUGGCGCUGGGGGACGCAACUCUUCCAAGAGAUCCAGUUGAGGCGUCAGCUGCCCACGCUGAUCAGCUACAACGCCCUGAUCAGCGCCGUUGGUGUUCAGCUGGCUUUGGACCUUUUGGAGGAGCUUCAAGGUAUCAUGCUUGAGCCGGACAUCGUGACCUUCAAUGCCGCCAUCAGUGCAUGUGAGAAAUCCAAUCAAUGGAAGGAGGCCUUGGCGCUGGUGAGCGAGGCUCAACGGCAAGGGAUUUCCUGUGAUGUCAUCACUUUUAAUGCGGCAAUCAGUGCUUGUGGAAGGUGCCAAAAGCUUCAAGAGGCCAUAAACUUUUUGGGAGCCAUGGAGCAGCAAACGAUUCAGCCCACGGUUGUUAGUUUCAAUUCAGUGAUCUCGGCUGCAUCAUGGCCGGUGGCUAUGAUGCUUUUGGCAGUCAUGGAAGAGAAGACAGUGCAGGCAGAUCUGAUCACUUACAACACAGCAAUCGGUGCCUGUGAGAAAGACUCUUGCUGGCAAGGUGCCUUGCAUUUGCUGAGGCAACUGAGGCAACUGGCGAAUGUUUCUGCGGACCUUAUUUCGUACAACACUGCUCUUGCUGCUGCCAAAAAGAACUGGACAGUCGCUCUGGCAUUGCUCAGUGAAGUCCAUUUUCUGAGGCUUGAAUUGGAUCCGAUUACUUCCAACACAGCGAUCCGAGCGUGUCAGGCUUUCAGACGCUGGGUAGAAGCAAUUGCUUUGCUGGAAGCGGCGAGAGCAUGGAAUGCCGUCAACGUGGUGACUUUUUCCGAAGUCAUUUCCAACUGUGAGCAAGGCGGUGCGCACCAGCAGACACUAGUUUUGCUGAAUCAGAUGGAAAGACUGACAGCGUUGAAAGCCAAGAAAAGGAGCAACUUGCAGGCGUGUGGGGGUUAA